CAUUGUCAAAUUUGACAGCUUAAAGUAGCGAAUUUUAUGCGUGUGAUUUUCUACCUAUUAAUUCAAUAAUCUACACUGCUUUUAACACCUAAUUUAAUCGAUACCAACAUGGAAACCAAAUCACCUGGUUUUUGGUGGAUGAAGACUCCAGCUAAAGAUGUUAAGGAGGUUUCCUCUGUUCCUACACUAAAUUUAAAGAAUUUGCACUCUUCAACUUCAGUCAAUGAUAUUUUAGAGAAGGAAAAUGACGAAAAUGUGGACGUAGGAAGUAUUAUAGAAGAGAUAAAUAGAGUUGCUGCCCAAAGCCCUUUAGGUCCAUUUGAAAAAAGUAUAGAGGAGAGAAGCAUUGAAGAUAUUAUGAAAGAGGCUGAAAAAAUUUACAUGGAAAGUUCAAAAAGCUUUGAACAGCUGAGCCAAAGGUCUAAGACUUCCCAAAAUAUAAGUGACCUGCUUUCAAGUCAGUCAAAGGGAUCAACACCUACUCCUAAAAGUAUUAGCCCCCUUCCAAUUGAUCCUGGAGAAAGUGAUAGUGAUUACAGUGAAGACUUUUCCUCACAAGACAGCAGGGCUGAGUCAAAUAAUUCUUCAAAUAAAUUGCUAGAACUGGAAAAGUUAUCUAACAAUAUGGAAAAUAUUGAUGGCAAUCAGAAUAUGUAUGACAAUAAGAACAAUCCUUCAACAGAAUUUCAAAGGGUAUAUGCUGGAUCUGUGGACAGUGACAAAAGUGAAAAAUAUUCAAUUACUCAUUCCAAAUCUACAAACUUAUCCAGUUUUGUCAGCAUUGGCAACAGUAUAAAGAAGCAGGAUGUUUCUGAAAAAGGCACUAAACAGUGCUCUGAAGAAGUUCAUAUCAAUUUAAAAGAGCAAGCUAAUAAACAAGAUCAUCUGGUGCCGGUUGAACAACAAAGUUUAGAAAAGGACCAACAAGAAAUCGCUAAACUUAAUGAGGAAAUGGUGGUUAAAAAUGACUUAAUCAAAACACUUGAAGAAGACAAUAAACUCUUGAGAGGAGAGAUUCGUUCUUUGAAGCGUGAAUUGGAAACUAGUCGUUCCCAUCUCGAAAAGGUAACGUUAGAGCUGAAAGCAAAAACUUUAUCGUCCCCCGAAAUCAACUUGGAACUGGAGAAAGCGCUUGAAGAACUUAAAGAUGCCAAAGAAAUCAACACCUCCUUGCAGCUUCAGCUGGACACUAUAAAUAAGACGCACCAGUUAUUAAAAGGCUCAUACGAUGACUUGGUGGUUUCUAAUAAAACAUUGGAAAGGCGUGUGCUGGAACUAGAUACGACGUUAAACAAGUAUAAGACUGAAUUAUACAACGCCCAACAAUCCAAAGACAAACUUUUGGAAAACGAAGUUAAUCUCAACAAGCUAUUGGAAAUCGAAAAGUUACAGGCGAAAAGCUUGAAGCUUCAAAAUGAGAAGGAUUCUAGGUGUAUACAAGACCUCAAUAGGCAAAUUAAGGAAAUGGAACGAAUAAUAGCUAGAAAACAUCCGGACUCGGUAUCCGCUCUGAUAGUUGCCGCAAAAGAGGAUGCUACCGACACUAAUCUGACGGCCAGAAAGCUUCUGGAAGACAGAAUCAAAGUAUUGGAACAGGAGGUGGUCAGCAGGGAUAGUCAACAAGCGAAAGUGUUUCUCGAAAUCCAAGAAAAGUUCAAUAAAAUGAAAAGCAAGUACGAGAGCCAUAUAGAAGAUCUGGAACUUCAUGUUAGCGAUCUAAAGGACCAACUUAAACGAAAGGCCGAUACUUUUGACAUCUACACGCAAACGAUCUAUGACGAAAAAAUACCUCAAAAAGAUACGUUUACAAUAUCCACUCAAACUGAUUCGGCACCCGUCAAAACUAAAGUCACUGCCAGCAAUACAAAGAAAGAAGUUAAAGAAGAUGCUCAUCUGUUGGCCACGAUCAGGGGCCUUCAAGCGGACCUGUCCAAUAAGGAAAAAGUAAUAAGCAAGCUUCAAAAGGAAGUUGACGAAGUGAAGAAGACCAAUAGGAGACUGCAAAAAGAAAGAGAGGGUAGUUUAAGAAACAUCAGCGAUAGAAAAGAGUUUCGUAGUUACCCAGAGAGGCUCUCAGCUCAGUCCAGGUCAAAUAGCGCGCAAGACUUUAGAAAAGGAGAAUUGCAACAGUUGAAAGAGGAAAGAGACAAGCUGAAACAACAGCUUAUUAGGUUAGAGGAGGAUUAUCAGGCCUUGAAGAAUAAACGCUUGGAAGAUUUGACUGCGCUUCAAGAAGCCCACGAGCGCGAGAUCUCCAAUUACAUGUUGAGUGUCACUCCUCUCAGAGAGCAACUAGAACUGCAACAGGUGUCGGUCGCCACCUUACAAUCCCAACUUUUAAAGACCAAAGAGGAAUUAGCUAUGGUUACAGUCGACAGAGAUCAUUUAAAUAGCAGAUUGGUAAACUCCACCCAUUUAGAUUCAAAGGAUGGGGUGGACAGUUUGGAAGUCGCCGCCCUUUUAAAGAAGAUCGAAUUUUUAGAGAAACGCUACGAAGAGCGAGAACAUCGUCUUAGAGCUAUCGUCCAGGGUUUAGCUCAAAAAAGUAUAACAAAUAAGAGCUGUGAGCAGUGCGCCGAAAGACAGCAGCAGCUGAUAACCUACAAACUCGAGCUGGACCAGCUGCUGGCUACAGUAAGGGCACUGCAGUAGAAACUUAGGAAAUAUUUUUAUUUAUUUUUUUAUGUUUUAAGAUUGUGUGAUAUAAUUUAGUUUUAAAAGAAUAUAGCACUGUCCCUCAAAAAUAUGCAUAAAUUUAUUUAUUACUAAAUUUCCGUAUUUUCGCUAGUUUUUCCAAGUUUUAGAUAUCUAUUAACGAACCUCUCGUUAUACAGGGUGUUGUGACAAUUUGCUACCAAUAUAAUAAUCUGCAAUUUAAAUAAUGUUGAAAUUGAUUAAAAAUCUAAAAGUUAUGAGUUUCAGCACAAAUAUGUCAGACGCAUAAUCAUACUUCAAUAUUUAGUGCUAAAUAGGAAUCCAGUAAUUUUUGUUAUUACAGAAAUCACUAUUCACACCAAUAAUGAAAUCAAAUAUUUAAUGUUUUCUACUAAAUUGAAAAUAUAGUUUAAGGGAAAAUCAUUGCCAAAAAAAAGUUAAAACGACAUUGUCAAUAAUAAAGUUUUUCUACUCCCGUCUGUAAAAUACACACCGAUCUAGUGUGCGAGAAACGUCACUUUACCAAAUGAGUUUCUUCUCCCACUGAUCCGAGCCCCUUCGGACGUUUCCGGCAUAUUGCCGCACGGGUUUGGGAGCAAUCGGAUGUUUGCGGAGAUUUUUCCCACGCUUUGAAUUUUGGCGUUUGUCAAUUCUGACGAUCAUGUCAGUAUUCGUGUUGUUUUGCGAAAAUAUACCCCCGGUCGUGUAAAAAGUAUAGUAUGCAAGAAGUUCGGUAAACUUUUUAAGUCACUCGUUUAUUAAACACUCGCUCCGCUCGUGUCAAAUAAACUCGUGAGUCAAAUGCCGUUUACCGCACUUGUUGCAUAAUAUACUAUUAUAACCUACGUAAUGCCAUUUGGAUUAUCGUAAAAUCAAAAUAAUUUACUGCCGUGUCGUUGGACAGCACUGAUAGAAUUUUUAACAGCUUAACAACAGUAUUGUCAAACCUUUUGAAACGUCAAAAUAAAAUUUCUAUGGGAACUAGUUAAAUUUUAUGUGUAACAUAUUUCUGACCAAAGAAUCCAUGUUCUUCCGGCAAGAUGGUACAUUAUGCCCACAUGACGUCACUAUUUUUAUCGUUAAUAUUUAAAUCACCCUCGAUAUCAAAGCUUAUAGUUUAGUUGGUUGUGACUUGGCACUACGGUUAGAGUCAGGCUGACUGUCGAAGUCUCGGAAAAAGGUCGGAAAUUCUUUAAUAUAAAAAAAAUAGUUUGAACAUAUAAUUUUUAAGUGCCCAAAACAUUGAAAUUGAAUAUGUUAUGAAUAUUUCAGAAUUUUUUGACACAUAUUAACAAUGAAAUCCCCAAAAGAGAAUAGCGUAUUAUUUUAAAUAAAACGUAGAAUACAAAUUUAUAAAAUAUUUAGGACGUCACUUUUGUUCAAACCAGAAUCAAUGGCUGGCUGAAAAUGUUAAAGUCAAAGAUAACAUUAAUUAUUAACUACAUGAAAUUUGUGCGUAACGAAAGAAAUACCCACCAAAAUGAUUCAUUAAUCGCUCAAUCAAAAUCAGUUUGAACAAAGUCAUAUUUUAAGAUAUCCUUAGGGAAUGUUGGCACUAAUCGGAGCAACACACGCAUAUUCUCAUUUGACUCUUGUGUGCUUGCUUUUCUUUUAAAUAUCAAAUAGACCAUUUACCCAUGUUGCCAAAGUCACUAACCAAAUAAUCUCUGAAUCGUAAGUGAUGUAGUUGCCACAACUGUCAAUACCCACAGUUGCUAAAUUUCGACCUAAGAUAUCUAGACAUCAAUGUAAUUUGCAACGCUUAUUCCGUAAGUUAAAUAAUUUUUCCUUUGAAAUAUAUCCGUCGAGUUUACCCGCCCUCUAGAACAAUAAAUUAUUUUUAUAUUGUAUUAUAUGUAUUAUAUUACUAGGAGUUUUUUUUUCUACUUGAAGUUUAUAUAAAUUUGAUUUAACACACAAAAUUGCGAUCGCGAUUAGCCUAAAGUAAUUAAAUUUUUAUCCAGAAAUGGUGUUGUUAAAAAAAUAUUUAUAUAUUUUUUUUAAUUUUUUGUCGCGAUUUUAGCAUUUACUCAAUUAAUUAAUUAAUUAAUUAAUGUGUCGAACGGGAGCCACAAAAAAAAUAAAAUCGCUUCGAGAAAAGACAAUUAGAUGUAGUUUUAAUACUUUAGAGUUUAAGUCCCUAAUUGUGAUUAAAAAUUCUUUACCAAAGAUGUAACAGUACUUCCUUCUAAAAGCAAAUUUUGUA